ACAUGAACCCGGAAGUAGGGUAUCCAAACUUUAACAGGCUUUAUUGCCAUGCUUUAUUGUCAUUAUUCAACCAUUUCUGAGUUUUCUUUCCAGUAUGCUUCCCGCAGCUGCAGUUUUUCAUUUCCCCUGGGAGAUAAACAGUGGAGAAGUACAAGAAGGACUGUCAGUAAGACUACUUGGCAGACUGGUCUGCUAUCAGCCUGAGGAGUCCAGAGCCACGCUGUCGGCUCAGCAUGCUUCAAAAGAGCACCAAGUGGUCGUCCACACGUUGUUUGUUGAGCCUUUUAACCCAAUAAUUGGGGCCCAGUAUAUUGUUCUGGGUGAGAUUGAAAAUGCUGAGGGGGUUGGUGCGAUGGUCCGUGCCCGUGUGCUAAACUGCGUUGAUGGUGUAAACGUCGCCCUUCUACAGAAAGCCACCAAUGAGCAAAGGAGCUUCUUCAGGGAGAGGGAGCACACACCGGGUGAUGCUGAACAAACUGCACAUGCAACCUGAUCAGGGUCUCCUGACUUUCUAAGGAUGCUCGUUGAGUAUCAGGAUUACUGCUCUGCCUCUGAAGCUGUUUGCUAAGUAAACUUUUGGUUCACUGUAAAAGACUAUCUUUUCUCUCUCUGACCAUAACAGGUAGUUCAUUCUGGGGUUUGCUAAUUGGUUAUUAAGGCCCUAAUGAAGGGAUUGGCAAGAUGGUUUGAUGUUUGGUCAAUGAAGAAAUAAAAGCAACUGUUUUAGAUCCAUUACUUAUGACAGGUGCAAUAACCUAUGUGUUGAAACAUCUGAUAUUAUUUUAAUGCUACCGUUUUAUAUGGUGGGACUGAGCACUUUUUUUUUACAUGCUUUGAAAAUGGUGUCAUGUAUUGGUCAUGUUAGUUAGAUAACAUAACUUUGUUCCACUCAUUGAAAUACAGAGGUGGGAAAUUGUGGAGUAGAAAUACUCACUGUACUUAAGUAUAUUUUUCUGGUAUCAGUACUUUACCCCACUACUAUUUUUCUGACGACUUUACUUUUACUUCUUACAUUUUUAACACAAAUACCUGUAUUUUCUACUUCUUACAUUUUCAAAAUAGGCUCGUUACUUUAGUUUUAAUCUGCAUUUGGUGGUGUGAUCAUUAUUAUUAGUAUAGUAUCCAUCAUUUCCUGGUUUUCUCUAAAGAAGAGGGACCAAUGAGAACUUUGUCAUUUUGCCGUUGUUCAGCAUCGAAACAUUCAUUAGCUAACAAUGACAUUAUUGUUCUAUUAAUAUAAAGGGAGGUCAGUUACUUCUAUAUCUGUAUCUGUACUUCUACUUGAGUAAAGGAUGUAAUACUUUUGCCAUCUCUGUUGAGAUAUCAGAAGUUUAAAAAUGUAUACUGAAUUAUAAAUACUAAGCAAUCCAAUUGAGCACAUUGUACUAAGUAAAUAUAUAGGAUAUCCAAAUAGGAGGAAGCUGGUAUUACAUUAAAAGUAAAUGAUGAAUA